AUGGGCGUGGGAUGGGUCGUACAGCGGGAUGGGAUGGGAUGGGCUGCGAUCGAGGGGAUGGUGGUGCAUGGUCGACGGUGUCCGAGUACCGGCUCGGCCGCCGGUCCGUCGCCGGGAAAAUUUUCCGGCCAGUUUUCCGGCGACCCGAUUUUUUUUUUCUCGGAGGGAAUCGUCCGUGGCUCGAUUGUUUUCGCGCUUGUGCGGCUUUGGCUCGGUUUUCUAGUGUUUGUAGGCUCCAUGCUCGCGCAUCCAACUACAUACCUACUAUCCGCCUCGGUUUCUUUCACGGGCAUUUAUUUCCUCGAUGGACGGAUCCGGGGCCGGUGUUGCGUACCUAACAGAAGGGAAUUGUUGAGUUUGGCUUCCUCCGUUGUUCGCGGUUUCUGCUUGGCUGGGAUGUCGCGAACACACAAGCCGGCACUUGUGAUCCUCGCACCUUGGCAUCGAACGAUGCCUUGA